GUAGCGCAGUUUGUGCGCAGAAGCACCAGCCGCUGUCUGUCAGCCGCACAAGGCACAGGCUGCUGCGGACGGAGGGCUUCCGCUAAGACGCCCCCCCCCCCCUCCUCAUCAUCAUCAUCAUCAUCCACGCUGACGGCCAUCUGCCGCCUCCUUUUCAGCUUGGUGUCCGCCACAUUAUUUACGACAGUCUCGCAGCUCCACUUGACACAGUGGAGACCGCGUCUCGGGCAGAACGGCUGCGCACGACGGCGUGCGGGAGAACGGCGGCGGCCGCGUUCGUGCCGCUCGUCUGCGGAGACGGAGUGCGGCUCACGAAGACGAAGCGGAUUUGAAUUAAGCACCGGGAUAACGGACAGCAGCCGCGCAUCCUUCACCGAGGGAGGGAGGGAGGGAGGGGGGAGGGAGGCAACUGUUUUGUAUCUUGGAAGCCCUGGGUUAGAGGAGGGGGAGGAGGAGCGGAGAAUGAGCUAUUCUUGUACCAGCAGAGGCAACAGCCAGGACCCAUCAAGCGCUAAGAACCCCGUCGGUGAUAAUCCGGCCAGAGACGGCGCAGGCACCGACGGCGGCAGCAACGGCAGCCCGAAGCAAGCGGCGGCGAUGAAAGUGAAGAAGGGAUGCAACGCGACCGACUUGGGGGUCCCGGUGACCACGGAGGAGGAGCUGCUGGCCAGCGCGCUCGUGAGCCCGGAGGACGUGCUGGGCUUGCAGAAGAUCACCGAGAAUUACCUCUGCAGCCCGGAUGAGAACAUUUACAACAUCGACUUCACCAGGUUUAAAAUCCGGGACAUGGAAACAGGCACGGUGCUCUUUGAAAUCACCAAACCUCCGUCCGCAGACAAAUCGGGGGAGAAGAAAGACGUGGACCCGAACGCCGGCCGCUUCGUGCGCUACCAGUUCACGCCCGCCUUCCUCCGGCUACGGCAGGUUGGAGCCACGGUCGAGUUCACGGUCGGAGACAGGCCCAUAGAGAACUUCAGGAUGAUCGAGAGGCACUACUUCAGGGAGAAGCUGCUCAAGAGCUUCGACUUCGAGUUCGGCUUCUGCAUGCCCAGCAGCAAGAACACCUGCGAGCACAUUUACGAGUUCCCGCCGCUGUCCGAGGACCUGAUCAGAGAGAUGAUCCUGCACCCGUACGAGACGCAGUCCGACAGCUUCUACUUUGUGGACAAUAAGCUGGUGAUGCACAAUAAGGCAGACUACUCAUACAACGGGGGGACGUAGAGCCGAGCGGUCGGAGGAGGAGGCUGGUGUGGGUCACAUCCUGUCAUACACACACACACACACACACACACACACACACACACACACACACACACACACACACACACACACACACACACACACACACACACACACACACACACACACACAGUUUACAGCUUGGUGUCCCAUCACUGUAAAAAGUGUGUUUGUAACAUCAUGAACCAGCAUUUGAGGAUUCUUUUUAGAAAGUAACGUUUGUAUUUAAAUUCAACCAUAGUGAGAGACGUAUCUUUAUCAUAGAGUUUAUUUUUUUCAUUCAUGUACAUGUUAGAGUCUAGGAACAAAUUGUUUUUAGGACAAAUAGGAUUUUUGAGGAGUGUGUGUGUGUGUGUGUGUGUGUGUGUGUGUGUGUGUGUGUGUGUGUGUGUGUGUGUGUGUGUGUGUGUGUGUGUGUGUUUUGUAGAUUUUUCUGUGUGUGUGUGUGUGUGUGUGUGUGGUUCAAAGCAUGACUUCUGCUCUGAUAGAUAAAUAUUACAGUAAAUGUCAAUAAUGUGAUCACCUGGUUUGCAAAGGUCAAAUAGUUCCUGUGUUCUCUACUGUAGGCAGUGGUUAGUUGUCCUGAAAAGAUCAGACCUGUUCCCUUUGUUACUUAUUUAUUUCUGGAGUCAUGUGAUCUGUAUUAAUUGUAGGCCGUGUGUGUUUAUUGUCUACUCAAAGCACAAUGACGAAACGUUUAUCAGUGACUUGAUCUGAUACGACCUUGAACAUGCUUCUCGCGCACCAUCUGUUCUUUUCCAGCCUCAUGACGCUUCGUUCGGGUGAUAACAAUAUUUAUAUAAUUUACACCCCAUGUCCAAGUUGGUGUUUGCUCUUUUUUAUUUUAAAUGUUCAGAUAUUUGGUCAGAAAGGGUCGUCGGAUGGAAGGAAGCCACAUAGAACAAGUCACACUCAGAACUCUAAUGUUCUGUGUGUAAUGAUAUGUUUGUGUGUCAGUUUGUGUCUUUUUCCGUUUCCUCAUUCGUUACUUGGCUGCUGCCUUUCAUUCAUUUCUUUGCCCUCAUUUUCUGUGUGAAACCUUCCAGCGCAACGGGUUCGGACCCGACUGUGCUGAUCUGUGACUACACGUCAGGCGUGAACACAAAGCCCUUCUGUGUUGAGACGCAGCUGAAUUGUAAUAUGCACAUUUGACUCCCUCUGACGCUGUUUUACACACAAAGCGACUCGAGCCCUGUUCUUUCAGCACACGCGCUCAACUCACCCCUCUGUUAAAGUGGAAAUUAUUUUUCAAUAUCAGUGGAGUCCGAUUAGGAGGAGGCUACUUGAAUGGACCGGUGUGAUCCACACUUUAUCACAGAGGUUGAACUGAAGCCAAGACGUGUUAUUGGUGAUAAACAACAGGGAACAAAUGAGAUUAAAACAUAUGAUAUGAAGUCUUAGCUGAGGGUUUACCUGAAUGUUAUGUCAGAAAUGUAACAUGGAGGUGUAGAGGCGAUAUAUUUAUGACUGUACGAAUUAUUUUGAACACAUGUAAAGUUUUGAGCAUUUCAAGUGUUGGUGUGACUGAACAAACAUGAAAUAAAUAAAGAUUUACGGAACUUUUUCAA